AAAGAUUUUAAAAAACGGUCCUGCUAGGGGUACACCACAAUGUACCCCAUAUUGCACACCAUGUCACCAUAUACCCCCACUCCCCUACCUCUACUUUUCCUUUCCUACAAUCCACUCCCUCCCACUUUCUCCCUCACUACUAUGUCCAAUCUUUUUCUCAAUUUUCUCAUUCAUUAAUCAUCUUUGCUUUCUAAAUUUUCCUUCUUCAAUCACCUACUGUCGGCACACCUUCCUUGAUGAUCGUUUGUCCCCAUGGAGGCAAAUCUAAGGUCGUAAGAAUGGGAAUCUGACUUCAUCGUCGGACUAGAUAUCGGAGUGCACCAGUAGACUCAAAACCUGACUUCAUUUUCAACUCGCAAGAUUUGAAAUCCGAGUCCGUCGUCAAACUGCUCUUCAUCUGGUCAUAGAUUCUUCUCACACCAAUUCAUCAAAUUUCUGAGGUGAAGAAGUGUGUGUGUUGCAAUGGAUCUAGAACAUCCGAUGUCCCCUACCUUAGCAAGUAAGUUACAUUAGACCCUUCCUUUGGAAAAAGUUGAGGUUGGGGAGAAGGUCAUCAUCCCGAUUGAGGGAUAUCCUUCUCUUGAGGAAGACUGGGGGCAUUGCUUAGUGGGCUGCUUCACGGGCCGUUUCCCGGGCAUCAAAGCCAUAGAGGAUCUCAUUACCUCAUGGGGCGUACAAUGUAAGCUCCUCCCUCACGAACGGGGCUGGGUCCUUUUCCAGUUCCUUAGUGAUGAAGACCGAAGGAUUGUUCUCCAAAAUGGGCCUUACCAGCUCUUUGGUAAGACUCUAUUACUUCGCAUUCUUCCGGAGGACUUUCGCUUCAACUUUGAUGCCUUCAUGACGGUUGAUGUGUGGGUUAAGUUUGUUAACGUCCCAUUGCGAUGUUCAAAUAAAAUUGCACUUCAAUGUUUGGGGUCGAGAGUGGGAACCCCCAAGCGGACUGACCAAGGUACAAAGAGACGGGGGAGGAUUAGUUUUUGCAGGAUGUUGAUCCAGGUGGACAUGUCUAAAGAGCUACCUACCUCCUUUGAGGUUAGCCUACCAGAUGGGGGCACUUACAUCCAGAAGGUUGUGUAUGAGGGCCUCCCAAAAUAUUGUUUUCAUUGCAAGAAAUUUGGGCACAACCUUCUAGAUUGUAGGGUUCUCCGGGCCCUUCGUCUCAGAAAAAACAGGGAUUUUGUUGGCAAAACGUCCAAGCGCACGAUGGGGAAAGGUAAGCACGUUGUUGAGGGUGAUAAUUCCACUACCUCUAGUGGUCAAACCUCCAACAAAACAAGGAGAAACCAGGCUGGAAACACUGCUGUGGCAGGCACAGAGGCCACUGCCAGCGUUGCUGCCAGGCCCAAAACAGCAUCCCAGUCCCUGCCUCCCAAACCUGCUGCCGUGCCUAGUGUGCUGGAUGAGAGUGGCGCUGAGGGGAACUGCCCAGGACCUACUGCCAAGCCCGUGGAAGAGGGUAAUAUCCUGGUCCCUGAAGCAAACCAGAAGAAGAAGAAGAAAAACGGUGAAACACCAAGCAAAGCUGCGAAUGUUGAGCUACCUUGUGCCGAACCCCGAACAUCUUUGAAAGCUGUGGAUGGGUUGAAUAAAGACCAAACCACCAGCAAGAAGGGGGAUCAACGCAGGGGGAAGGCCAAACAAUCAGCUGGCCUUGAGGACAUCAACCACGGUCUUGACGCCGGUCCCUCCUCCACGACGCCAAAGGAUAUUGCCGCUGCCAUUCCAGUGGCUAAAACUGCUGCACCUACGGCUGGACAGGGGGACACACCAGUGCUGUCAAACGCUGGUAAGGAAGGCAAUGCAACACCCAAAGAUGUACCCAAGGCAUGGAAACCGCCGUUCAAGGCAUUGAAGCCUCCCAAAUCUGAUAGCCCUGAUUUCAUGCGGCUUUGGAGGGAAAAAAAGGAGCUUCUUGAUGGGGAAAACAAAAAGAUUGCGGACAACCAUAAUGUGCAUAAGGAACUAGCCGUUUUCAACACAAAACACUAUGGGAGACCGGAAUGGUGAACCAUCUACGUUUCCUAUUGUAUUGUGCUAGUUAAUGCUUAUUCCUUGAUCUUGACACGAGUUGUCUUUGAUUUUAUAGGGGUAUGCCCCGGUGCAUUGUAUGUUUACUUUGUGAUUGUACUUUGUAAUGACUCUUGGAUUUUAAUAAUUUACAUUUUAUCCU